UUGAACUGCAGAGAAUUUAUUAGAGCUUCGCCACAGGAAAGGUGGAGCAAUGUGAAGAGGCAUCGGCUCUGCUUCAAUUGCCUGCGAAGCGGGCACACGGCUAGAUCCUGCUAUACGCAAGGUGAGUGCCAGAUUAAUGGAUGCCGAAGGGAGCAUCACCGGACGAGGAGCGAAGGCCGCUGCAGGGAGGUGGCUCCAGACGCCACGAAGGGAACCAGCAGCCAGCAGUUUCCAGAAGCAGCCCGGCCAGGAGGCCUUCGCUACGAGAUGGUCACAGGGACCAGGAGAGGAACCGGCAGCCAGCCGUUCCCAGCAACAGCCUGGAGAGAGGAGCUCCGCGUGAAGCGGGAGCGCCCAUGCAGAAGAAUUUGAGCUGCGUUGGCGCCGAAGGAGGCCGUCUACUGUUCCGUAUACUGCCGGUUACGCUGUACGGAGCGGGGCGAAAGGUGGAUACGUAUGCGCUCCUAGAUGAGGGAUCCUCCGUCACGAUGAUCGAUGACGAGCUACGAAGGGAUCUUGGAGUGCAAGGAGAGCGUCGGCAGCUAAAUAUCCAAUGGUUUGGAGGUAAGGCAACCAGAGAGCCUACCAACGUGGUGAGUCUGAAGAUAAGUGGAGUUGGAAAGCCCACUCGCCAUGUAUUGAAAAACGUUUAUGCCGUUUCGAGUUUGAGUUUGCCGAUGCAGACAUUGAGCCGACGAGAUGUCCAGGGCGUGCACAGGGAUGCGCGUCUGCCGAUGAAGCCUUACAGCAACGUGGUGCCGAAGCUCCUCAUCGGCCUGGAUCACGGACAUCUGGGGUUGCCACUUAGGACGAGGCGGUUCGCUCGAGAGGGACCGUAUGCGGCCGCAACCGAGCUUGGCUGGGUUGUGUUUGGGCCUGUAAGUGGGCAACCGACCACGCCGUCACCGAGGUCCUGCCUACUUGCCGUGUCAGUGGAUGACGCGAUGGAAAAGAUGGUGGAGGACUACUUCGACAUGGAGAACUUUGGAGUGAAGCCCGCGACGCCGGUCGCAGCCAGCGACGAUGUUCGAGCCCAAAGGAUACUCGAAGACACCACGGUGAAAGUGGGGCGUCGCUACCAGACGGGAUUACUCUGGAAGGACGACCACGUUGUGCUGCCACCGAGCUAUGAGAUGGCGUACAGGAGGCUGCUCAACGUCGAGAAGAAGAUGAAGCGCAACAAGCCGUUGGCGCAGGAAUACGAUCGGAUUAUAAAGGAUUACGUGUCUAAAGGAUACGCGAGGAGGUUGCAGCCGGAGGAGGUCGCGGUAAGGAGCGAUCGCCUAUGGUAUUUGCCACAUUUUGGUGUCGAAAACCCAAACAAGCCCGGCAAGGUACGGCUUGUGUUUGAUGCUGCAGCCAAAGUUGGAGGAACCUCGCUAAACUCGGAGCUGGACAAAGGGCCUCAGCACUAUAAGCCUUUGCCAGCUGUGCUCUUUCAUUUCAGAGAGGGAGCCGUCGGAGUCUGCGGUGACAUCAAGGAGAUGUUCCACCAAGUGCUGAUCCGACCCGAGGAUAGAUGUUCCCAACGAUUCCUCUGGAGAGAUGGCGACGACGAGAGAGAUCCGGAUGUCUAUGAGAUGAACGUAAUGACGUUUGGAGCAGCCUGCUCGCCGAGCGCUGCGCAUUACGUGAAGACUAUGAAUGCCCUGAAGUAUCGGGAUUCGGAUCCGAGAGCGGUCAAGGCCAUCACCGACUACCAUUAUGUCGAUGACUAUGUGGACAGUUUCGCUACAGAGAGCGAGGCUAUCAGCGUAUCUACCCGAGUGAAGGAGAUACACAAGGAUGCUGGAUUCGAAUUAUGCCAGUUUUCAUCCAGCUCACCCACCGUGGAGACGGCUUUAGGACCUGGUCGAGUCAAGAGCGUCGGAUGGGGUGAGGCUGAAGAGAAGAUCCUCGGAAUGCGUUGGCAAGUAGCAACAGAUGACUUCAGAUUCAACGUGGAGCAUCAUCGAGUGCAAAGCAGCAUCCUGAGUGGAGAUCGAGUCCCUACGAAGAGGGAAUAUUUGAGCCUGGUGAUGUCAACGUUUGAUCCCCUGGGAUUCCUGUGCUGCCUCAUGGUUACAGCGAAGCUGCUGCUGCGAGAGAUUUGGAGGCAAAAGAUCCAGUGGGACGAACCACUACCGGAGGAGUUAAGCAAAGCCUUUGCGAUUUGGCGCAAAGAGAUGGACGCCGUGGGACAGUUCCGAUGUCGGCGCCAUUAUUUUGGGCGUGGAGCACUCCGGGCCGUAGAGUUGCACGUCUUCGUGGAUGCUAGUCAGGCAGCAUUCGCGGCGGUGGCCUAUUGGAGGGUCACAUAUGAGGACGACGACGUGCAGGUGAGCUUCGUGAGUGCGAAGACGAAGUGUGCCCCAAUGAGAACGAUGACGAUCCCACGGCUGGAGCUGCAGGCAGCAGUUCUUGGAACCAGGCUGAUGAACACUGUCAAGGAGGACAACAGUGUGGUCAUCACGGACCUGGUGUUAUGGACGGACUCUAAGACGGUGCUGAGAUGGAUCGGCAGCACCCACCGCCGGUAUAAGCAGUUUGUUGGCAACCGAGUGGCGGAGAUUUUGGAGUCGUCGAAGGUUUCCCAAUGGAGAUGGGUGCCUACAGCCGACAAUGCGGCUGAUGAUGCGACGCGGUCGCAGAAAGGAGUCGACCUUAGCCAGGAAUCAAGGUGGCUAAGAGGACCUGCAUUUUUGAGGCAGCCAGCUGGCCGGGGCCUGAGGAAGGAACUGAGCGUGUUCCAGAUGCCCCUGAUGAUGAAGAGAUGCCCAGUGAGUUUGCAUUAGUUGCGGCAGUCGAUUUUGUUAUUCCGUUUCAGAGAUUCUCGAGCUUCAGUCGCCUGGUGAGGACCACAGCGUGGGUCCUACGGU